GGGUCCACUGCCCCGCGGAAAGUUUUCUGUGCCGGGAGGAAGCUGGACAUUCGGAAACUCCGAGAAAGCAGCUCCGGAGGCUGCAGGGGUCUGGGCGGCCAUGGAGGAGCCCCCUUUGCGAGAGGAGGAAGAGGAGGAGGGGGACGAGGCUAGGCCCGAGGGGGCCCUGGGCAAGAGCCCCUUCCAGCUGACCGCCGAGGACGUAUAUGACAUCUCCUACGUGAUGGGCCGCGAGCUGAUGGCCCUGGGCAGCGACCCCCGGGUGACACAGCUGCAGUUCAAGAUCGUCCGUGUCCUGGAGAUGCUGGAGACGCUGGUGAAUGAGGGCAGCCUGACGGUGGAGGAGCUAAGAAUGGAGCGGGACAACCUCCGGAAGGAGGUGGAGGGGCUGCGGAGAGAGGGCUCGGCGGCCGGCAGGGAGGUGAACCUGGGACCAGACAAAAUGGUGGUUGACCUGACAGAUCCCAACCGACCACGCUUUACUCUACAGGAGCUGAGAGACGUGCUACAGGAGCGCAACAAACUCAAGUCGCAGCUGCUGCUGGUGCAGGAAGAGCUGCAGUGCUAUAAGAGUGGCCUGAUCCCAGCAAGAGAAGGCCCAGGAGGAAGAAGAGAAAAAGAUGCUCUGGUUACCAGGGCCAGCAAUGCCAGCAAUAACAAGGAGGAGAAGACAAUCAUAAGGAAGCUGUUCUCUUUCCGAUCAGGGAAGCAGACAUAGAUCUGGGACCAUGUCUCAGUUCUCAGAAGACGACUUCAAAAAUCAUUUCUCAGUACCAGUGCGUACCCACUGCACUUGCUCCUUUGUUUCCCCUCAAAGCUGUCUGAGGAGGAACGGGUGAGGUUUUCUCCCCAGCUGCAGAAUUGAACACCCCCGAAGGCUGGGCCAGGGCGAGUGAAGCGGCACAAAGAAAUCGAGAAAGCAGAAGGAAAGCGAAACGGGGCCACCUGCAGUCCCACUUCAACCCCCCAAGAGGCCCCCAGCGUGCGGAUGUGCUUUCUGCUUCUCAGGGCUCACAAACGACCCAGGACUUUACUGCGUAGCUGUGCAAUACACCAGCCCAAAUCGGGGUGGGGAGAAGAGGAUGCCGGGAAAUCUGGUAUGGACUUUGCAGUGAUGACUUCACUGAUGUUUAGUGACUAUUUGAUUUUGCUAACGUGACUUUCUUUACAUGAUUUUUUUAUGAAAGUAAAAUGACUUUUACACUUU